AUGAAGCUAUGGAAACGAGCUUCCGGUGCUCUCAAAGACCGGAAAAGCUUGUUCUCCAUCAGCUUCUCCCGGAGAACCUCCUUCCGUAACCCUGACCUUGACUCCGCCAUCAUCCACGCUACCUCUCACGACGACUCAUCCGUCGACUACCACAACGCUCACCGUGUCUACAAAUGGAUCCGCUCCUCUCCAGCAAACCUCAAGCCUCUUGUCCACUCCCUUUCCUCGCGUGUUAACCGGACAAGAAGCUGGAUCGUUGCCUUGAAAGCCCUGAUGCUCGUCCACGGUGUCCUCUGCUGCAAAGUCCCUUCCCUUCAAGAGAUUCGUCGUCUCCCUUUCGACCUCUCUGACUUCUCGGACGGUCACUCACGUCCCAGCAAGACUUGGGGCUUCAACGCUUUGAUACGAGCCUACUUCUCGUUUCUUGACCAGUACUCUUUCUUUUUAUCCGACCAGAUACGUUGUCGGAAUAGGAAACCUCAGGUAGAUUCUGUUAACCAAGAGCUCGAGAGCAUCGAGAAGCUUCAGUCUCUUCUCCACACGCUUCUACAGAUACGUCCAAUGGCUGAUAACAUGAAGAAGACGCUUAUUCUUGAAGCCAUGGACUGUGUAGUGAUCGAGAUCUUCGACAUUUAUGGUAGAAUCUGCAGCGGUAUAGCCAAGCUUUUGAUUAAGAUCAGUCCAUCUGCUGGAAAAGCAGAAGCUGUGUUGGCUCUUAAGAUUAUAAAGAAGGCUACAUCUCAAGGAGAAGACCUAGCUCUCUACUUUGAGUUCUGUAAAGAGUUUGGGGUCUCAAAUGCUCAUGAAGUCCCAAAGUUUGUCAAAAUCCCGCAAGAAAACAUUGAAGCAAUGGAGAAAGCCAUUAAAGGAGUGGAAGAGAAAGAGGAGACAAUGGAGGAUGAAGAGGAGGCAGUGGUAGUGGAAGAAAAGAGUAUCAUAUUAGCUGAUGAGAGGCCAGAGUUUCAGACCAUCAUAACCGAUAAAUGGGAGGUUUUUGAAGACGAUUAUUGUUUCACAUGUAAAGAUGUUAAAGAAAAUGAUCAACAUAGAGACUAUAACGUGGAUCCUAGUCCGCUGCCUCUUAUAGUUAUUGAUGAGCCAGUUUACUUGACUCACACGUUACCUGAUUUGAUUACCUUCUAA